AUGACAACUAUUCGAACCUUCCUAGCUGUGGCUGCAUCUAAGGCUUGGCAUGUUCACCAAUUAGACAUCAACAACGCCUUUCUACAUGGGGAUUUAGACGAAGAAGUUUAUAUGGUUCUCCCCCCGGGUUUCCAAGGAGAGAAGCCGAACCAAGUUUGUAGACUGCUGAGAUCAUUGUAUGGCUUAAAGCAGGCAAGCCGGCAGUGGAACGCCAAACUCACAACUGCCCUUUUGCGUGAUGGUUUCAAGCAAGCAGCUGCUGAUCCGUCUCUGCUUACGAAGGGUACAGGGCGUGACUAUAUUGCUCUUUUGAUAUACGUUGAUGACAUCCUAGUGGCAAGCAGUGAAUUAGCUAAUAUUCAACAAAUCAAAGAGUCGCUGGAUGAGGCUUUCAAGAUUAAGGAUUUGGGUGUUUUAGGCUAUUUUUUGGGUAUUGAAGCCAAAGUCACCACUGCUGGUUUGAAUUUGUGUCAAAGAAAGUAUGCCCUUGACAUUUUGAAUGAUGCCGGAUUCAUCAGUUGUAAACCAGUGAGCACACCAAUGGUCCCAGGUUCUCACUUAUCACAACAUGAUGGUACACCGCUAAAUGAUCCCGGUAGUUAUCGUCGUUUGAUUGGGAGAUUGUUGUAUCUUACGGCCACAAGACCGGAUAUCACAUAUGCUGUUCAUCGGCUCAGUCAAUUCGUUAGCUCUCCAACCGACAUCCACAUGGCUGCUGCACAUCGCAUACUUUGUUAUAUUAAAGGAUCUCCUGGACAAGGCAUUCUAUAUCCAACUGCCACCCCUCUUCUGCUCAAGUCUUUCUCCGAUUCAGACUGGGCCUCAUGCCAUGAUACCCGCAGAUCAGUCACAGGAUAUUGCAUAUUUCUUGGCCAAUCUCUUGUAUCUUGGAAGUCGAAGAAACAAGCUAUAGUUUCAAAGUCAUCAUCUGAGGCAGAAUACCGGGCACUGGCUACCACUGUUUGCGAGCUACAAUGGCUCACUUCACUACUUCAAGCUUUGCAGGUUGCUGCCAGUGAGCCUGCCAUUGUCUACUGCGACAACAAGUCCGCUGUUGCGAUUGCUGAAAACAAUGUCUUCCACGAAAGGACUAAGCAUAUCGAAAUCGAUUGCCACGUAGUUCGCGAAAGGGUUACUCAAGGCCUUGUCAAGCUGCUCCCUGUUUCUACUCUCAACCAAGUUGCAGAUGGUUUUACCAAGGCUCUUCCCAUCUCUCUGUUUGGUUCUUUUGUUUCUAAGUUGGGUGUUCAAAAUUUGCACACUCCACCUUACGGGGGGUAUUAG